ACUGUAUUAAUCAAUUGAAAUAUGUAUAUAUAUAGGAGUGGAUUCGGUGGAGGUAGAGUUGGAGAUGGAGAAGGUGACGGUGAUGGGAUACGUCGACCGGAAUAAGGUGUUGAAGGCGGUGAGAAGGGCGGGGAAGAGGGCGGAGUUCUGGCCUUAUCCAAUGCCGCCGCUCUACUUCACUUCUGCCAACAAUUACUUCAAAGACACCACCACCGACUACAAAGAGAGCUACAACUACUGGCGGCACGGCUACAACGCUGCCCAACGCCACGGCUCUCUUCCGCCCACCCACCGUGGGGAUGACAAAGUUAGCAACCUCUUCAAUGAUGACAACGUUAACGCCUGCUGCCUUAUGUAACAACAUUUUAAUUAUAUAUGUGCUAUUAUAAGUCUAUAUCAAUUAAUUAUGAUAUAUUGUUAACUAAUCUAGUAGUAAUUAAUUACAUAUAACUAAUUAAUUAAUCAAGCCAUAACACCACUACUU